CGUUUAUGUUUACCCCAGCCCACCCUCUUUAUUUUCGUCUUCCCUCGUCACCUCCUCUACAAUCCUUGUCGACGAAGAAACGCUGAAGAAAGAAGGAAGCAGAGGAAAAAAAACGAAGAGGCGAUGAAACACAUCUUCAAGAAGCUUCAUUUCGGCGGUAGCAACAGCAGCAGCCACGACCCCACUAGUCAGCCGCAGAGAUCAUCAUCACCGUCCAAUGAGAUCUCUUCCCCACCCUCAUGUGGGUCAGACCACCGUAUGGCCUCCGCUUCUAAUUCAGGCUACUCUCCAGCAAGUCCCUCCUCUCCUUCUCCUGCUGCUGCCACCACUGCUGCCUCAGUCCCUUCAGCUCCUGAUCGGGCCGACUACUUCUCGUCAGAGGAGGAAUUCCAAAUCCAACUAGCCCUAGCCAUCAGUGCUUCUUCAUCUUCUUCAAAUGCCGGAUUCAGGGACGAAGAUCCUGAAAAGGAUCAGAUCCUUGCCGCGACGCUUUUGAGCCUUGGACGCCACAGGGUUGAUCUGGUCUGCAACGGAGAAGAAGCUGCGGAGGCACUGUCGCGGCGCUAUUGGGAUUACAAUGUGCUUGAUUAUGAGGAGAAAGUGGUGGAUGGUUUUUACGACAUAUAUGGUCUCGCCUCUGACCCUGCAAGCCAAGGAAAAAUGCCUUCACUUGCAGAUCUCCAAACAAACCAUGGGGAUCUUGGCUUCGAAGUUGUUAUGGUCAAUCGAGCAAUUGAUCAUGCCCUAGAAGAAUUGGUACAAGUUGCACACUGUAUUGCAUUAGACUGCCCCGUUACCGAGAUUAGUCUUUUGGUGCAAAGGAUUUCUGAGCUUGUCACGGAGCAUAUGGGUGGCCCAGUAAAGGAUGCCAAUGACAUGCUAGCAAGGUGGACAGAACGAAGUACCGAAUUACGAACUUCUCUUCAAACAAGUGUACUGCCUAUUGGGUGCUUAAAUAUUGGUCUAUCCCGUCACCGUGCUUUGCUUUUCAAGGUAUUAGCAGACAAUGUGGGCAUUUCUUGCAGGCUGGUUAAAGGAAGUCACUAUACCGGCAUUGAUGAUGAUGCUGUAAACAUAAUAAAGUUGGAGAAUGAAAGGGAGAGUUUGGUUGAUCUCAUGGCUGAACCAGGGACACUUAUUCCAGCUGAAAUCCUGAGCUCAAUGGAUACUUCCUUGAAUUCCUAUAAUCCAAGAUUAAGAAAAAAUUUAACUCCUUGGGCUAGUGACUUGGGUGUUGAUCUGUCAAGAACGGAGCCAAUACAUGGUGAAAAUAAAAGCAGUAAAGAAAGUAAUGGAAUGCCAAUGAGAAACUCAAGUUCUGAAAAGGCAAUCCUGAUACCUUCUCUUCCUAGUACAAGCAAUGGAGUGAGUAUCGGAAGCAGUUCUAGUGGAAAUUUGAGAGCUUCAGUUCCAGCUAGCCAAUCACAUCAGCUCUUGCCUUCAGUAGGUGCAGCUUCUUCCCAGCAGAAAGGGAAUCAUGGAGUCCCUGUAGUUGGCGAUGGUGUCAAAGAGAAGCUGAAUGUAGUUCCAUAUUCGCAAGAUACUGUGGACUCCAGGACCCUUUUUGCUGAUCUUAACCCAUUCCAGAUGAUUGGGGCUGGAAAAGCUUGCACACAAAACAAUGUCACAGAGAAUAAAGUUAAUGAACCACAGAGGCAGAGAGAAAAUGUUGCUUCAGGUCCUGGAAGACCACCUUUGCCGUUGAUGUGGAAAACCCGUACUGCUUGUAAUGAGGUUCCAAGGACAAAGCAAUAUGAGUUUGUUGAGGGGCUUUUUCCAAGGAAAAACCUAGAGGCCAAAGAUUUUCACUCAACACCAUCUUCUUCUGAGAAAAUCUACCCUGAAAGUCCUAAUAUUAGUGAUGCUGAGUCUACUUGCAUGUCACACUCUGCUGGAACAAGUAAUACUGACAGUGAAACGAAAGGCGGCACUUCGUCUGGCCACGGUCUCUCCAGUGGUGGUGAUUGGGUGUUGGUUGGAAGUAUGGGUCAUUACAAUAAGUUGCUUUCCAAUGAUGGUGGUUCUCGAGUGGAUAAACCACUCGUAUCAAUUCAAUCUUCAGAAGAAGUGCGUCGUGAGAAAGCUUAUAGAGGUGGAGGGGUUUUGCAAAAUACUGCAGUAGAUGAUCUAAAGGAACACCAUAAAUAUUUAAACAACAAACGUGACAGGAGAAAGUGCAUCCAUGACAGAUUUAUGGAAACAGCAAUGACAUCAAAGGAUCCUGAAAAUUCAAGCUCGCCAGUUCAUGCUGGUCUAAAUAGGCUUGAUCCGAUGCUAGAUGAUGUGGCUGAAUGGGAGAUUCCAUGGGAAGACCUCGUCAUUGGUGAAAGGAUUGGACUAGGUUCAUAUGGGGAAGUAUACCAUGCUGAUUGGAACGGAACGGAAGUAGCCGUGAAGAAGUUCUUAGACCAGGACUUUUCUGGAGAUGCUUUGGUUGAGUUCAGAAGUGAAGUGAGAAUAAUGCGCAGGCUGCGCCAUCCAAAUGUUGUACUUUUCAUGGGGGCUGUAACCCGUCCUCCUAACCUCUCUAUAGUCACCGAGUUCCUUCCAAGAGGAAGCUUGUAUCGGAUUCUUCAUCGUCCUAAUUGUCAAAUUGAUGAAAAGCGCAGAAUCAAAAUGGCUCUGGAUGUGGCAAAAGGUAUGAAUUGCUUGCACACUAGCAUACCAACAAUUGUCCACCGGGAUCUGAAAUCACCCAAUCUGUUGGUUGAUAAAAAUUGGAAUGUUAAGGUUUGUGAUUUUGGACUGUCACGCUUGAAGCAUAAUACGUUUUUAUCAUCCAAAUCCACUGCUGGAACGCCUGAGUGGAUGGCUCCAGAGGUUCUGCGCAAUGAACCAUCCGAUGAAAAGUGUGAUGUUUAUAGCUUUGGGGUCAUCCUGUGGGAGUUAGCAACAUUGAGAAUGCCUUGGAGUGGGAUGAAUCCAAUGCAGGUGGUGGGUGCUGUCGGUUUCCAGAAUCGCCGUCUUGAGAUUCCAAAAGAAGUAGACCCCUUAGUUGCCAGGAUAAUUUGGGAAUGUUGGCAGACCGAUCCAAGCUUGAGGCCUUCUUUUGCGCAACUGACGUCUGCACUUAAACCGCUGCAGCAGCUCGCCAUCUCAUCUCAUCAGGAUACGCAAAGCUCCCACUUGCCUCAAGAGAUAUCAGUAAAUUCUACCCCUUGAAUUAUCAGCUUCUCAAUUGUGAAUAUAAAGGAAGUGUUGUGUGAGGAAAAAAAAAAAAAAAAAAAAGAAAGAAAAAGAAAAAGAAAGAUAAGUGGAACAGUGUUGGGUCAUUUAGCUUCUGUAUUGAUUAAAUUAAAUUAUAUAUAUAUAUAUAUAUAUAUAUAUAUAUAUGCGUGUCUCUCUCUCUCUCUCAUGGCUGCAGCCUUACAUAAAAGAUGUGCGAUGGCAAUUUUUGUACAGGGUCAGUGUCUUACUCAAAAAUCUUUUGGAAGCCAAAAUGUUUGGGUGUAUGUUGUAAAUGGAGUCGUGCAUAUAUAUCAGACGUUUGUAAUUAGACAAAAUUCAGACUGUAAUUGGGUGGUGAAGUGAUUUUUUGUUU